CUUGACCGUUGAAAAAAAUCAUACGCAGUAGCAACUAGCAACUUCCCAUCAUCAUUUUGUCUCCCUUUUCUUCAUCUUCAAACUAUUUUUUCUCUAUAUAAAUCCAUUAAUCCCUUCUUCAUUAACCACUAAACUACAAUUACAAGCUUAAUUUCUCUUCUAUCACAGAACAAAACAAAUCUUUUCUUGUUACACAAGCAAUCUAAUUAACCAUGCAAAAGAGUACUUCAUCUUCAUCACUCGGCCCUGGUGGUCUAGACUUAACCCAAGCUUUCUUCAAGUCAAUUUCCAAUGCUGCCCCUCCUUCACCCACAAAACGCCACACCAAAAUCUCCGUCAUCGGCGUCGGAAACGUCGGUAUGGCAAUUGCACAAACAAUCCUAACACAAGACCUAGUCGACGAGCUUGCACUCGUCGACGCAAAAUCCGACAAGCUCCGAGGAGAAAUGCUGGAUCUUCAGCACGCGGCAGCGUUUCUGCCGCGUACGAAGAUCCACGCAUCGAUUGAUUACUCGGUUACUGCCGGGUCGGAUCUUUGUAUUGUAACUGCAGGUGCCCGACAGAAUCCGGGUGAGAGCAGGUUGAAUUUGUUGCAGAGAAAUGUGGCUCUGUUUAAGAGUAUUAUUCCGCCGUUGGUGAAGUAUUCGCCGGAGACUACGCUUCUAGUAGUUUCGAAUCCGGUGGACGUGCUGACGUAUGUUGCUUGGAAAUUGUCUGGGUUUCCGGCGAAUCGGGUUAUCGGGUCAGGAACGAAUUUGGAUUCUUCUAGAUUUCGGUUUUUGAUUGCGGAUCAUCUUGAUGUUAAUGCCCAAGAUGUCCAGGCAUACAUUGUUGGAGAGCAUGGUGAUAGCUCAGUGGCACUUUGGUCAGGCAUUAGUGUAGGAGGUGUACCAGUCCUCAGUUUCCUUGAGAGGCAACAAAUUGCUUUGGAAAAAGAGACACUGGAAAAAAUCCACCAAGAAGUUGUGCACAGUGCAUAUGAAGUGAUUAAUCUUAAAGGUUACACAUCAUGGGCAAUUGGCUACUCUGUUGCUAACUUGGCUCGAACAAUCCUUCGCGAUCAAAGAAGGAUUCACCCUGUUUCGGUUCUUGCAAAGGGAUUCUAUGGCAUUGAUGGUGGCGAUGUGUUCUUGAGCUUGCCUGCACAGCUUGGUAGAAGUGGAGUUUUGGGCGUGACGAAUGUGCAUCUUACUGAUGAAGAAAUUGAACAACUUAGGAAUUCAGCUAAGACUAUUUUGGAAGUGCAGAGUCAGUUGGGAAUUUGAAAAAAAUAGUACUAGCAAUUGUUCAGUUACUAUACAACUAUGUUGUUUCUUACCAUACACAUACAGUUUGUUGAAUUUUGUUUUGUUUGUAAUAUCCUUAUAGCAGUUAAGUCAUAUGACAUAUUGGCUGCCUGCUAGUGUGCUCCGUGGUGCUAACUUUGAAAUAAAUUGUAACACAACCUUUUUAUGUCCGUAUAAAGAAAUUUAAUUUUAUUAUACUUCAA